AUGGCGGCUCUGAAAGCUAAGAAGGAGGAGCUGUCAUGUGAAGCUCAGGCAGAUUCAGAGAUGAAGACAGAGGUAAUGGUCAAGGAAGAGGAAGAAACCGAGGAGAUGACGUCAAAGGGGAGGAAAAAGAGGAGGAAAGAAACGAGAAGGCUUGAAGAGGCGCUGCGCUAUGAAACACCAUCGGAAACAUACGAAAUGAAGGUAGAGGUUGUCGAAGAAGAAGAACAGAAUGUAGAAGAUGAUGAGGAAAAGCGGAGACAAAGGAAAAGAGAACGGAAGCUGAAAAGGCGACAAGAAAGAGCGCAACAAGCAGCUGAGAGUGCUGUAAAGAAAGCAAAAGUAGAAGAGCAAGACAAUGAGGACACUGAUACAAUCGAAGUACGGGUGAAGAAAGAGAAGAGGAACAAAGAGAAGCGAAACGUGGAAUGUGAGGAUAUGGUCGUCGCUGAAGAUUUAGAUGUUGAGGUAAGAAGAAAGAAAAAGAAGAAGAGUAAGAAAAGCAGGCAAGAAUCAGAUGAAUGA